CAGGAGUUGUCUAUUAAAUAAAUGUACAUGUACAAACUAAUUGAUAGCAGUUUAUUUCAUAGAAAUUUCCUGGUAAUUCAGGAAGAGCUGACUAUUGAAUAAAUGUACAUGUACGAGCUGAUUGAUAACAAUUUGUUCAAUAAAUGUUACCAGGCUAUACCGAUCUUUUGGUCCAUUAUGACGAAUAAGAGUGAGGAAUGCUAUUUGAGAGUUUUUAAUUUUAUUAAAGAGAAAUUUCCAUCUUUUAACCCUAAGACCUACAUGUCCGAUUUCGAGAUUGGCAUGCAUAAUGCUGUGGAAACUGCAUUUCCAGAUAUUGAUGCUAAUCACUGCUAUUUCCACUAUGCUCAAGCAAUCAACAAAAACGCAAGGGACUUAGGGUUAAUAAAUAAAACAACCAUUAAAGUCACGACACACCCCGAAAUCUAUGUGACUAUAAAGCAGCUAAUCGCAUUGGCUUUGUUACCACCCAAAUUGAUUAUAUCAACUUUUAAUAACUUAAAAGAAGUGGUGACGCAGGAUUUUGGACAGCGAUUUGAUCGUUUAUUCGAUUAUUACGAGCGAUUUUGGAUAAAAACGAUUAAACCUCGAGGAUUUUCAGUAUACAAUUUGAGAGAGGACAAAACUGACAACUAUGAAGAAUCUUGCAAUAGAAAUUUAAAUGAUUUACUAAAAAAAACCCGCAUCCCAAUCAAUUUAUAGAAGUAAUAAAGUACUUGGCAUUAGAUGCCAGAGUGAUUAGGAAUUCAAUAAAACUGAAUAAAUAUAUCGCAAGAAGACCAAUCACACAAAGGACGGAAAAAAAGUUAGAAAUGGAAGAUUUUUGGGACAUGUUGGACGAAAAAAUUGAAAAUGUAGGUGGAGAUAAUAUCAACGGGUUAGAGUUAAUCAAUGGACUGAGUUCUAUCCAACAUCUUCGACUUUUGGAACAGGAAAUAAUGUUAAAAGAGAUGGACAAAAUCCUAAAAUAAAUAAAUAAACAAUAUAAUAUUGAGUAAUAUCAAUACCCUACGUAAAAAAUCCCAUAGAAUCUACUUUGAAAGGUCAAAAACCGCAAAGAAACC